CCGUCCACUCCGAAGUACGACAGAGCGGCACAUCGAUCGAACGAGUGGGCAGCGAGCUCACCUCCAUGACGGAGCGUCCCAGCGACGGGCCCUCAGAUGCUUCCGGCGCUGCAAAGAAGUCUGGGAAGCAGAAGCGGCAUCAGAAGUACCAUCAGAAGCACCAGAAGAACAUGAAGUCGUACCUAAAGAAUCGUCUGAAUUUCCACUCCAAGGGCAGUUCCCCGCAAAGCGCCAAGUCGCGGAAUCCCAGCACCUCGAAGAUAACCACCGGUGCCUCGCUGAUUCCGGACCUCAAUCUGGUCAUCAACCGGAUGCGGACCAAUACGGAUGACUCAUUUGUGUAUAUGGACUACAUGCUGCCGCAUGACAGCGAACUCUUUACACCGUACAGCCUCCGGCUGGUGGAGUUUUCGGAGCUGGACAUAACGCAACCGUUUUAUACGGUCACCAGGCAUGGAGUCACCUAUUGGCACUGCUCCGAGAACUUCUUCACGCCGCUCGACCAGUGGCAGCAGGAGUUUCAGCAGUUCCUCAGCAUCAUACAGAUUCGUUCCUUCUCCAUCUUUCGGCUGUGGAAGGGAUUUAAGGUUUGGGAGAAGACCAUCAAGUGGCGGAAACUGAAUGAGGCCCGGGAUUUCCUUCAAAACAAUUUGUUCAUCGUUAUACCGCAGCUGGCCAAGGCAAUUCUACGGAUGCGCAGCGAUAUUGUCCAAAUGGAGCGACUGAACUUUGUGAAUACCACCAACAUUGAGAACUGGCAUCCCUUUUAUUUCCUGGAGACGCACAUGCGAAUUUAUGAGCAGUUGCAUCGCAUUAUCCAUGAUUUCCGGGAGUUCAUUGGCAAGACCUUAUUUCGUGCCUGCACGGAUGCCAUCCAAGCCCGUGGAUUUUAUCCAGAUGACGAAAUCAACUACUAUCCCUCGCUGAAGAAGAUGCGAGAGGCACACAGCUUUAUGGAUCGGGCAAGGAAGAGGGCCUUCUGCAAGACGCUUACCAAUUUCCUCACCUACAGCGACAUGAUGGUCUACCAGAUGCUAUUCCGCAUCACUCUGAAGAGUUUCCAGGAUCUGGAAGACGCCUUCGAGGUGCACGACGACCUUGGCCCGUCCGAGGCGGAGAUAAAUCUGAGCAUGCGCUUGGACAGGAAGAUCGAGAGACUACGUCCACCCGAAAAGCCCCAGCAUCCGUUCUUUGUGGCCAAACUCCGACUGCUGCCGGAUCGCAUCGAUGUCGAGCCCUCAGAGGAAGUGAUCAAGAUUAUCUUUCAGCGCAUCACAGGGCUAAUACUCGAGACGGUCCUCGAUAUACAUCCCUUCACCACGGAUCCCUAUUUCUCGCAGUACACCAAACCCUCGAUUAUGGGACGUCAGGAGGAGGUACUUUACGAGGGAGCUCCAGAUCUGCACUAUUUGCUUCGCUCCGAUCUAGGUUUUCAGUUUAAUCGCAAGAACAUGAUAUUUCUAAUCCAUAAGGCCUUCGAACGAGCUCGUAUUUAUACCAUGCGGUUCCAGACCAUUCGCGAGAACUAUGAGAUAGACAACAGCACGGAUCCUGUGGUCCUGACCAGUGAGAAAGAUCUUGUAACCUUGCGGGCCUACUGCGAUCGGUACUGCAAUAAUGUGCGAGCCUUGGAUGGGAUUCUGGACUAUAUAUAUCUUGGAUUGCUGAAGCUCACACAAACGAAUUUCAAGGACACGGUGACGCCAGUCUGUUCGCGCCUGCAGAACAUCCUCGCCACCUAUUUGGCUAAGUUGGCCGAAGAGGAGACGGUACGGAUAUAUGAGGAGGCGCAGGACUUUUACACCAGAAUCUGCUAUGAGCCCCAAGAGACCCUGGAGAUAGUGGCCCACAUCCGAUUCCUGGACAGGUGCUCUGAAGAGUUGGAUGAAUUAUUUGGUGGCAUUGACUACGUCCACGAUCUCCUGUUAAUCAUCAAAGACUUUAACAUAGCCAUCGACGAUGAGUCCAAAGAGGACUACAUGGACACGGAGGACUAUCUCAAUCGUACGCGUGAUACGCUGGCUGAGAUCAGGGAGAAGCGGCAAGAGUUUAUCAAUCGACUUGAGGAAGCCAUGCAGGAUGAUAUAGAGGCGCUCAUGGAGGAGAUCCACGAGGUGGCCAUCGAGGCGCUGGAGCCGUGGCUUCUGGAUGCUAAAUCCAACCGGCAAUCGGUGGUCAAUAAACUGGACGCAUUGCUGGAACACCUGACCGCAUGCCGGGAGCGUGCCGACGAGUUUCUUGGCUACCAAAAGGAAUUCCAGAUUGAUUUGACCAUGUACGAGGAAAUGGCCAGCGGUUUCUAUGACAUACGAAUGCGGCAAAACCUGUACCGCACAUGGUCCGACUGGGAGGAGUCGCUGGCCGAGUGGAUAGCCGCCGAUUUCAAUACGUUGGUGGUGGCGGACAUUGUCGAGCUGAAUUCCAAGACCAUCAAGAAUUGCCUGCAGUUCCAGAAGUAUCUGCCGGAGAAUAACAUUGUGCCCGUGCUGCAGGCAUCCGCAGAGGCCUUCAAGGAGAAGCUGCCAGUGAUUGGUUAUCUGCGCAAUCCCAACCUAAGAGCCCGUCACUGGGCGGAGAUCGAGGACUUGCUUAACCACAAGUUCUUCCAGGAGAAGGACGUCAUAAUCCAGACAUACGAGGAUGUGCACGCCUUCGAUGAUGUUAACCUAGGCGAGGCCCUGAUGCAGAUCUCCUCGCAGGCCACCGGUGAGGUGCAGCUAGAGAAUAUGUUGAAGAGCAUCGAGACUAUCUGGAAGGAGACGGAUUUGUUCAUUGUCCCGCACCAUGACCAGAAGGAUGUCUUCAUUCUGGCUGGCACCGAGGAACUGCAGGCCGUUCUGGAUGAUUCCAAUGUGAAUAUAAAUACUAUUGCGGCCUCCAAGUUUGUGGGUCCCAUCAAGGGCAAGGUGGAUGAGUGGAUCUUUGCGAUGGAACAGUUUGCGAAGACCUUUGAAAGCUGGAUGGAUUGUCAGGGCGCUUGGAUAUAUCUGGAGGCCAUCUUUGCUUCGGCUGAUAUUCAGCGACAAUUGCCCCAGGAGGCCAAGAUGUUCUUUGCGGUGGAUAAGAGCUUCAAGGAGCUGGUACGGCAAGCCAAGAAGGUUAGUCUGGCCUUGCCCACCAUGUCCAGUGUGGAGGUGUAUCAGACGCUGGUGGAGAACAAUCGAUUGCUGGAUCUCAUUUCGCGUGGACUGGAGGCAUAUCUGGAGGUGAAGCGUGUGGUGUUUCCCAGAUUCUACUUCCUUUCAAACGACGAGCUGCUGGAGAUUCUGGCUCAAACCCGCAUCCCUCAGGCGGUGCAGCCGCAUCUGCGCAAGUGCUUCGAUGCCAUCUAUCGUCUGGAAUUCGGUUUAAAAGAGGGCGGCGAUGGCAAGAAUGUGGCCACCAAUGACAUCAUUGCCUUCCUUUCGCCCGAAGGCGAGAAGCUACAAUUUGGCAAAGGCUUAAAGGCCAGCGGUGCUGUGGAGGAGUGGCUGAACAAGGUGGAGGAGGCAAUGUUUGUCUCCGUGAAGCGUUACAUGCGCUUUGGUUAUCAGUGCUAUCCGGCCAAGGAGCGUGAGGAUUGGUUCCAGGAUCAUCCCAAUCAGGUGGUACUCACCGUCUCUCAGGUGCAAUGGGCCGCCGAUAUACAUCGCAUUUACGAGGGCAAGGAGCGUAAUCCCCUCAAUAUCCUCGAGAAAAUGGCCAAAUUUGAGGUGAAAUGCCUCAAGGAUCUGGGCGCUUUGGCGGCCCUAACUCGAAAGAAUAUUACCUCGCUGCUGCGGAAGGUUCUUUGUGCCCUCAUCACCAUCGAUGUGCAUGCCAAGGAUUCGGUAAGGAUGCUUGUGGAGAAGCAGGUAGUCAAGGCGUCCGACUUCAACUGGCUAAAGAUGUUGCGAUUUUAUUGGGCGGAUGAAACGGAGACAGUCUACACCCGCAUGGCGGCCGCCAAUAUUCCUUAUUAUUAUGAAUAUCUGGGCGCUGGCGGUGUCCUGGUGCUGACUCCAUUAACGGAUCGCUGUUACCUUUGUCUGAUGGGCGCCUUCCAAAUGGAUUUGGGCGGAGCACCUGCAGGUCCCGCCGGUACAGGGAAGACAGAGACCACCAAGGAUUUGGCCAAGGCUUUGGCCAAGCAGUGCGUCGUCUUUAACUGCUCCGAUGGUCUUGAUUACAAGAUGAUGGGACGCUUCUUCUCGGGCCUGGCUCAGUGUGGCGCCUGGUGCUGCUUUGACGAGUUUAACCGCAUUGAUAUCGAGGUGUUGUCCGUGAUUGCCCAGCAACUGAUCACCAUACGUACGGCCAAGGCAAUGAAGGUUAAGCGCUUCAUUUUCGAGGGUCGUGAGAUCAAGAUCAAUCGCUCGUGCUGCGUAUUCAUCACCAUGAAUCCCGGUUAUGCUGGUCGUACUGAGCUGCCGGAUAACUUGAAGGCCCUUUUCCGACCCAUCUCCAUGAUGGUGCCGGAUUAUGCUCUAAUUUCAGAGGUCAUCCUUUACUCGGAGGGCUUUGAGGACCCCAAGAUUCUGGCCAGGAAGAUGGUGCAAAUGUACCAGCUUUGCAGUCAGCAGCUGAGCCAGCAGAAUCACUAUGACUUUGGCAUGCGAGCGGUCAAAUCUGUCCUGGUCAUGGCCGGAGCUUUGAAGCGAGCCUCACCCAAUCAGCGAGAGGACAUCACUUUGAUUGCGGCCUUGCGGGACUCCAAUAUACCCAAGUUUUUGGCCGAUGAUGCUGUCCUAUUUCGGGGCAUUCUCAGUGAUCUGUUUCCGGGCGUCGAGCUGCCAGACUCUCAGCAUCCGGAUCUGGAGGCAAGUCUUCAGAUUGGUCUACGGAACAAGAAUCUACAGCCGGUGGCAACAACCUUACGCAAGUGCCUGCAAUUGUAUGAGACAAUGUGCGUCCGUUGGGGUGUGAUGUUGGUGGGACCCACUGGUGGCGGCAAAUCCGUUGUCCUGCAUGCCCUGGAGUUUGCUCUGUCGCAUCUCUUUGAGAUUGAAGUCCAGGAUCCGAAUUUCCGGCCCGUUGUCAUUCAGACAAUGAAUCCCAAGGCGGUGACCAUGAAUGAACUGUAUGGCUAUGUGGAUCCCAAGACGCUGGAGUGGCAGGAUGGCCUGCUGGGUUUGGCGGUGCGUACAGCAACCACAGUGGAGGACGAAAUCCAUCAAUGGAUCAUGUGCGAUGGCCCCGUGGACGCCGUGUGGAUUGAGAAUCUAAACACAGUGCUGGACGACAAUAAGAUGCUGUGCCUGGCCAACUCGGAGCGGAUCAAGCUCACUGCCUGGAUCCACAUGCUCUUCGAGGUGCAGGAUCUGUUGCAAGCCUCACCGGCCACUGUCUCCCGCUGCGGCAUGGUGUACGUCGAUCCGGGUGAUCUUGGCUGGUUGCCCUUGGUGGAUACGUGGCGUGAGGUGGACAUGGAACAUCAGUUACCUGCGCCUCUGGCCGAGUUUCUCUAUCAACUCUUCGUUGAGUACUUUGACAAGGCUCUGAAUAUUGAGCGUAAGCGGCCGUUGUAUACCAUCCAUCAGGUGCUUGGCUCCAAGGUGACACUGUGCUGUACGCUCACCUUGUCACAGCUGGAGGCAGUGAAGUGGUCCGCAUUGGAAGCGGAGAAGGCCAAGGAUCUGCUAACCAAGAUCUUUGCAUGGACAGUGCUUUGGGCGAUUGCUUCGAAUCUCAAGGAUGCGGAGAAGGUUUCGUUCGAGGAGCAGUGGACCAAGGCCAUGGGACAGCAUCCCAAUAUGAUAAUCCCGAAUCAGUCUUUAUGGAACUAUCGAGUCAAUCUGGAGACCAUGGAGUGGGAAUCCUGGAAUGAGAUCAUGGCCACGUUUGUCUUCAAUGGAGACAUUUCCUACUAUGACAUGCUGGUGCCCACAGUGGAUACCACCAAAUAUGGGUACGUGGCCGAUCUGCUGUUCAGCAAGAACAUGCCCGUGAUGGUCACCGGAGAGACGGGCGUGGGCAAGACAGUGCUGGCCAUCAGUUGCAUGAAACGUCUAUCCGAGGGCAGAGUUAUACCCGUGAUCCUUAACUUCUCCGCUCAAACAAGCAGCGUGCGCACCCAGGAAAUGAUUGAGGGGCCGCUGGAGAAGCGCAAGCGCACCCAACUGGGUGCUCCAGUGGGCAAGACGGUCAUUGUGUUCAUCGACGAUGUGAAUAUGCCCAAGCUGGACACGUAUGGUGCCCAGCCGGCCAUCGAGCUGUUGCGUCAGUUCCUCGACUUCAAGGGCUUCUACGAUCGGGAAAAGCUAUAUUGGAAAGAGAUCUUGGAUGUGGUGCUUGGCUGCGCCUGUGCGCCGCCCGGUGGAGGCCGUAACCCGCUCACACCACGCUUCGUUCGACACUUUGCCCUCUUCUCGCUGCCAAAGCCCAAUGAGGAGACCCUUACCCAGAUCUUUAAUGGCAUUCUGCGUGGCUUCCUGCAGACCUUCUCCAGCAACAUUCGCAGUCUGUCAGAGAACAUGGUAAAGGCCUGCGUGGAUGUGUACAUGCGGGUGGCAAAUGUGAUGCUGCCCACACCGGAUCGCUCUCACUACAUCUUCAAUUUGCGUGAUCUGUCCAAGUGCAUCCAGGGCAUACUGCAGGCCAGCAAUCUCCACUACAAUCAGGAGCAGCAGAUACUGCGUCUCUUCUAUCACGAGACAACACGCGUCUUCCACGAUCGUCUGAUUAACCAGGAUGACAAGAACCUGUUCAAGUCACUGAUGAAGUCCGUCUGCGAGGAUCACUUCAACCGCGAAGUGGUUCGCGAUGACGAACCGCCCAUCCUGUUCGGUGACUUUAUGGUCUUUGGCAAGCCAAAGGAGGAGCGAAUCUAUGAGGAGAUCAAGGAUCACAACAAGCUAGAGAGUGUGCUUAACGACUACAUUGUGGACUUUAAUUCAAUGGGCGGUGCCAAGUCCAUGAAGCUAAUACUCUUCCAGGAUGCCAUGGAGCACACCGUCCGCCUGGCUCGACUUUUGCGUAGCGAUCGAGGCAAUGGACUCCUCGUUGGCGUCGCUGGAAUGGGCAAGCAGUCGCUUACACGGCUGGCAUCCCAUGUCAACGAGUACAACUGCUGGCAGAUUGAGAUGCGGCGCAACUACGAUCUCAGUGCCUUCCAUGAGGAUUUGCGGGUUCUCUAUCGCAUUGCUGGGGUUGAAAACAAAUCGGUGACAUUCCUGAUGAUCGACAGCCAGAUUGUGGAGGAGGAAUUCCUUGAGGACAUCAACAACAUCCUUAACUCUGGCGAAGUGCCCAAUCUAUUUGAAGGUGAUGAGUACGAAAAGGUCUUAUUGGAUGCCCGAGACCCCUGCAAUGAGAACAGAAAAGGUGAUGCAUGCCAUCGCGAUGAGAUCUACAAGUUCUUCAUCAACCGAGUGCGCAAUAAUCUGCAUGUGGUUAUGUCCAUGAGUCCGGUGGGAGAUGCCUUCAGGCGAAGAUGCCGCAUGUUCCCCUCGUUGGUCAAUUGCACCACCAUCGAUUGGUUUACUAGCUGGCCCACAGAAGCCCUCUACUCGGUGGCUUUGGGAUUGCUUACAAAGAUAGCGCCAAAAAUGGAGGAUCGCAUAUCGUUGGCCAGCACCACGGUCUUCAUACACAAGACUGUGGAGGAUGCCUCGGUGAAAUUCUACAAGGAGAUGAAGAGGCACUACUACACCACGCCCAGUAGCUACCUAGAACUGUUGAAGCUCUACCAGAAUCUACUCAAGCUGAAGAACCAGGAGAUAAUAGCCAAGAGAAAGCGUAUUGCGAAUGGUUUGAACAAGCUCCUGGAGACCAAUGAAGUGAUUGCUGUCAUGCAAAAGGAAUUGGAAGUGAUGGUGCCUCAGUUGGAUGAGAAGUCAGCCAUGAUGAAGUCCCUGCUGGAUAACCUGACCAAGGAGACCAAGCAGGCGGAUGCUGUUAAGCAGAGUGUGCUUGAGGAUGAGACAAAUGCCAAGGAGAAGGCGGCGGUGGCCCAGGCGAUAUCCGAGGAUGCUGGCAAGGAUCUGGAGAUUGCAAUGCCCGCCCUGCGUGAGGCCGAGGAUGCCCUCAAGGGUCUAACCAAGGCGGAUAUCAAUGAGUUGAAGUCCUUUACCACGCCGCCCGCCUUGGUGCAGUUCUGCAUGGAGGCCGUGUGCAUUCUCUUGGGCGCCAAACCCACUUGGGCCUCUGCCAAGGCCAUCAUGGCGGACAUUAACUUUAUCAAGAGGCUAUUCGAGUACGACAAGGAGCACAUGAAGGAGGAGACGCUGAAGAAGGUGAAGAAGUACAUCGAUCACAAGGACUUUGUGCCAGCGAAAUUCGAGAAGGUCUCCAAGGUGGCCAAAUCGGUGAGCAUGUGGGUAAUAGCCAUGGACAAGUUCUCCAAGGUCUACAAAGUGGUGGAGCCAAAGAUCAAGCGCAAGGAGGCCGCCGAAGCGGAGCUCAAGGAGGUGAUGACAGUGCUGCGACAGAAGCAAAAGGAACUGGCCGCCGUUGAGGCCAAGAUCCAGGGGUUGCGCGACAGCUUGGAGGAGAAGCAGCGCGAAUUCCAGGUGAUUCAGGACAAUGUGGAUCUAACCUAUGGCCGGAUUGAUCGAGCCGGGAGACUUACCUCUGCGCUGGCCGAUGAGCAGGUGCGCUGGCGUGAAACAGUCAAGUCGCUGACUGGGGAUUUGGCCUGCGUCCCUGGAGAUGUCCUAGUAGCCGCCGCCUGUGUGGCCUACCUGGGUGCCUUCUCGCAUCAGUACCGACGCGAUAUGUGCGCUUUGUGGGUCAUCAAGUGCAGCGAAUUUAAGAUACCUUCCAGUUCCGAAUUCAACCUGCUCAAGGUGCUUGGAGAUCCGUACGAGAUGCGGCAGUGGAAUGUGGAUGGUUUGCCCAAGGAUAACAUCUCCAUUGAGAAUGGUAUUUAUGCCACCCGGGCCCUGCGCUGGGCUCUUAUGAUUGAUCCCCAGGAGCAGGCCAAUCGCUGGAUUCGCAACAUGGAGCGGGCCAACAAUCUGCAGGUGAUCAAGAUGACCGACUCGACCAUGAUGCGGGUUCUUGAGAAUAGCGUGCGACAGGGUUAUCCGGUGCUGCUUGAGGAGAUCAAUGAGACAAUUGAUCCCAGCCUGAGGCCAAUCCUGCAGCGGGAAACGUAUCGCUUUGAGGGACGCACCUACCUUAAGCUGGGCGAUCAGGUUAUAGACUAUGAUGAUGGUUUCAAGCUCUAUAUGACCACGAAGUUGCCCAAUCCCCAUUAUCUGCCGGAGGUUUGCAUCAAUGUGACCCUGGUUAACUUCCUUGUCACCGAAAUGGGUCUCGAGGAUCAGCUGCUGGCGGACAUUGUGGCCAUUGAGCUGCCCGUGAUGGAGACCCAACGUAAUGACCUGGUGGUCAAGAUCAAUUCGGACAAACAGCAGCUGCUGGCGCUGGAGGACAAGGUGCUAAAGCUGCUCUUCAACUCCGAGGGCAACAUCCUGGACGACGAGGAGCUGGUGGAGACACUAAAUGAUGCCAAGGAAACAUCUUUAAUCAUUGCCGCCCGACUGAUUGACACCGAGGAAACGGAGAAGGUUAUUACCGCAUCGCGUGAACGCUAUCGCAUUCUGGCUUCCCGUGGAGCCAUCCUGUACUUUGUGGUGGCCGGCCUGGCUGAGAUUGAUCCCAUGUACCAGUACAGUCUCAAGUACUUCACCCAGGUCUUUUGCAAUGUCCUAAAGCUGGAGCAUCCACAGCAGAGCGUUGAAGUCCGCAUUGCCACCAUGAUGACCGAUGAGUUAAAGGCCAUUUUUGAUAAUAUAUCACGCGGUCUGUUCGAGAACCACAAGAUCAUCUUUAGCUUUUUGCUGGCCCUGUCCGUGGAGAGGCAAGAGGGUCGCGUCACCGAGGACGAGUUCAAUUUCCUUACCCGCGGAGCUGUCGGGAACAUACGACAAAAGCAGCAGCCGGCUAAUAUUAAUCUCAGUCCGCUCGAGUGGGAUACCUGCGUCUAUCUGGAGGAUAACUUCAGCUCGGUCUUUGGCGGCUUCACCAGUGAGCUGGACAAACCCUUCUUCCUGCAGCUGAUGGGCAACAAGGAAGUGUUUGAUUUUGCUGGAACCAACAAACCGCCGACGGACAAGUGGGAUAAGAAACUGAAAGUCUUCCACAAACUCAUGUUCAUGUCGGUGUACCGGAAGCCACGGUUCCUCCUGAAUGUGGUUUGCUACCUCCAGGCGACGGUUGGGAGGUACUUCACCGACUCAAAAGGUGGCACCCAGCUGAGCACUGUCUACCUGGACACAUCGUCGGUAACGCCGCUUAUCUUUGUGCUGUCCACUGGCUCCGAUCCAAUGUCCGGCUUCCUCAAGUUCACCACGCAGAUGCAGUUCACCGAGAAGUACUACUCCAUCUCGUUGGGUCAGGGCCAGGGUCCGUUGGCAGAGAAUCUGAUUGACAAGAGCCUGCGGAUGGGUCAUUGGGUAUUCCUGCAGAACUGUCACUUGGCCACCUCGUGGAUGCAAACGCUGGAGACAAUUGUGCGUAAUCUGACGCUGGGUAUUACCAAGGCGCAUCCCGAUUUCCGGCUCUAUCUCUCCUCCAUGCCCAUCCACACGUUCCCGAUCAGCGUGCUCCAGAAUUCGGUAAAGAUCACCAAUGAGCCACCGAAGGGAAUCAAGGCGAACGUGCUGGGUGCCCUGGCGGAUCUCAAGCCGGACUUUUUCGAGGAGCACAUCCAGAACGGUAACUGGCGAGCCAUCGUGUUUGGGCUGUGCAUGUUCCAUGCGGUGCUCCUGGAGCGUCGCAAGUUCGGACCGCUUGGCUGGAACAUUACCUACGAGUUCAGUGAAAGUGAUCGUGAAUGUGGCCUCAAGACGCUCGAUUUCUUCAUCGAUCGAGGUGUCCUCGACGAUAUACCUUGGGAGGCAAUCCUCUAUAUUAACGGCGAGAUCACCUGGGGCGGCCGGGUGACGGACUAUUGGGAUCUGCGUUGCCUGCGCACCAUCCUUAUGAUCUUCUCCUCGAAACGGAUUAUUCAGCCGGAUUAUAAAUACUGCCGCGGUGAUAGUUAUUACCGUGAUCCCCGCAAGAAGACGCUGGCCGAGUACUCACUGUUCGUGCAAGACUUUCCGGUGCUGGAGGAUCCCGAGAUCUUUGGCAUGAACCAGAACGCCAAUAUUGUGUUCCAGACCAAGGAGACUGCGUUCUUUAUCAAUACCCUGCUACUGGGUCAGCCCAGAUCGGCGGCGGAUGAGGGUCAGGCGGCGGAGAAUGAGAUAUGUCAGCAGAUUAUAGCACGUAUUCAAAAGUCACUGGUUCAGAAGAUCAGGAGGGAGCCCCUGCAUGGUACACUCUCGGUGGUGGACAGCAAGGGGCAGGUGCCAUCGUUGACCAUUGUGCUGAUACAGGAGAUUGAUCGCUUCAAUAUAUCCCUAGGCAUCAUUCAUGACAGCUUGGCUAACCUCUCGAAGGCCAUCAAGGGUCUGGUGGUGAUGUCCGAGGAGCUGGAGAAUGUCUUCAAGGCGCUGCUCUCCAAUAUAGUGCCCGCAUCGUGGGCUAAGCGUAGCUUUCUCUCAAUCAAGCCGCUGCCCAGCUAUAUAGCCGACUUCCAGCGACGCAUUGACUUCAUCCAGCAUUGGGCUGAGAAUGGGGCACCACGAUCCUUUUGGCUCAGUGGCUUUUUCUUUCCUCAGUCCUUUCUCACUGGGAUCCUGCAAACAUACGCUCGACGGCGAGUUCUGCCCAUUGAUUCCCUGAAAAUAGACUUUGAUGUGGUGGAAAAGGUGCUGGUGCAGCAGGACUUCUUUGAGACGCACGCAAACGCAAUGAAUGAUCAAAAGCUAUAUGGCACUCUGUCUGAAUCAACGGAUGCCAUUAUCCAUGUGCAUGGCAUUUUCAUUGAGGCCGCUCGCUGGGAUUUGAGUCAGGGCGGGCUGUGCGAUGCCAAUUUCGGGGAACUGUACACCCGAAUGCCGGUGGUGAGGUUCAAGCCCUGCCUGGAGAUAGCCCCAAUAGUGCGAUACGAGGCACCGGUCUAUAAGACCCAACAGCGCUCCGGUGUCCUGUCCACCACCGGUCAUUCGACCAAUUUCAUUCUAUCCAUUUUGCUGCAGAGCGAUAACGAUCCCGAGUUCUGGAUAAUGCGGGGCACAGCUCUGGUCUCGGGUGUCUUGGAGAAUCUCUCCUAGGUUUUCGAUAUGAUUUUCUAAGUUAAUAUUUUGUUUUAUUUUCAUUAAUGCAUAGUU